GAAGAGUUUGGGAAAAUAAACCAGUGGAAGAUUAAACGGACUUUGGUUUGAAUUUAAAAUCUGUAGUUUUAGAAUAAAAAGCCUUCAUGCAAGGUUGGAAAAAAGUGCACCGUAGUAUAUCUAGUGAAAAUGGUUUCGUUAAUAGUUUUCUCAAUGCUGAUAUUGUGUGCAGUGGCAAAACCUCAAAAUCAAUUCGGUGCCAGAAAUGUGAAUCAAAAUGUGCCCUUCAGUCGUAAUCUUCAAGCUCCCUCAUCCCAAAGUCAUCACCAGCAGCAACAAUUUGGACAGGAUCAAAACCAAGUGCAACAGUAUCAACAACAUCAUCAGCAACACCAUCAACAAAAUCAACACCAACAACAGCAACAGCAUCAUCAUCAGCACCAUCAGCAGAGAUUUGGUCAACCCUUCCAAAGAUCACAAGCUCUAAGGGUGCCUCCGAUAUCGACGAUAGUUCCUCCCCCUCAGCCCUUUCAGCAGCAGCAAUCACAGUACAGUCAACAGUACAACCAACAACAAGGUUACCUCAACCCAUCGCGACCCUUCGUGCCCAUCACAUCGUACAAUAACGAUGUAUCUUACGAUGGUAGCUAUGCUUAUAGUUACACUACUGGAGAUGGACAACAACAACAGGCUCAAGGAUAUCUGAAGAAUCCCGGCUUAAAGGACCUGGAAGCACAAGCCGUCCAGGGAUCCUACUCGUACACAUCACCCGAGGGGCAACAGAUAACGGUCACAUACAUCGCUGAUGAAAAUGGAUUCCGAGCGGAAGGAGCACAUCUACCUACACCCCCACCCAUACCGGAAGCGAUACAAAAAUCCCUUGCACUGAUAGCUGCCACUCAGCCAGUAUCGCAAAAGUUUAGCCAAGCCUACAGUCAACAACCGUUUGGGACCCAGCAAAAUUCUUACAACCGCUACGGCUGAUGAAUGAACCCUAAUCUGAUGACUGAGCCAGAAGGAUAGGAAUUUCGGAGGACCACUUCAGCGAGCAUUUCAACUCCUAUGGAUGUCGACGAGAAUUAGUAUGUUUUAAAUAAAUUGAGUUAGUUGGUGAUUUCCGUAAAAUAUAAAGGAAAUUAUUUGUUUAAACUAUUAUUAACAUUCGAAAAGUCUAUGAAUGCAUCAUUU